UGUACACACCAGUGCGCACAUGGUGCGAAGUUUUGAUAGGUGCUAUCAUAACCUCAACCUUGCAAUGCUCGCAUUAUUGGACAUUAUAUGCAUACUUGCUCACACUUGUCAUUACAUUGCCUAUUAGACAGUGAUACAGUCAUUUGCCCAGUGAAUACAAAUAUUAAACAAAUUUUACUGUAAAUUGUGUACAUAUAGUUUUAUUAGAGUGCACAAAUAUCUUAAUGAAUCGUUCAUUUGCUACAUACAUAAAUAAUAAACAAAUUUAGUAAAUGCAAUAUUAAAUAAAAUGAAUUUCCCAGCAAUUCAGAAAUGCAUCUUAUCAAAGUGCAAAAUUAAUUUUAAUACCUAUAGAAAAAUUCAUACUACUUUCAUACAUCAUACAGUACUAAUAAAGCCUACGUUCUGUACGAGAUUAAAUUGGCAAUGUACUCAUAAGAAUCUUUUACACAUCACCAAACUUCAAUUUGAAAGUGUUAAACCUAAUGUAGAGUUACCUGCAAGCAGUGUGAAUUAUUCGGCUCUUCAAUUAAAAAAGAGGCCGAAGAAACGACAAAAACCAAUUUCCACCGAAGAUCGUAUUGGAGAAUGGAACAUAUUAGCACUAACUACUGCAGAGGAAUACGACCUUGAAGGUUUGGUGCAGGCCCUAUUGGAACAAAAUUUAUAUGUACCUGAUACUAUAUCUUCAACAACUAGCUCUUUACCAGAUGUUAUACAUGCAGUAGCAAAGUAUGAAAUAGAAACUGAACCAAGAGAAAUCUUCUUUUUUCGAGAAGGUGCCAUAGUGAUGUGGAAUAUCUCUACCUAUGAAAGUUCAAACAUAUUGGAAUUUAUAAAAGAAUACGAAGAUAAUCGUUACUUUGAAAACAUUGUACAGUCUGAAAGUGAAGUGAUGAGCUAUAGUUAUGCAGAUAUGGGAAAACGUAGUCAUAUAAAGAACGGUCACAUUAUGUUAGCAUUGACUGCAACAAAUUUAGAUAAAUAUACAUUUUCGAAUGCAAUGGCUCAAUCAGUGAAAUUAGGGAUAUGGGAAGCAUCUUUAGAUAAUUACAUACAUUCUGUAGAAUUUGUUACUGACGAUUUAAAAUACGGCAGAAAACUAAAAAUGACUCAACGUGAGGUAUUAAAGAACCAAGGAGAAUUAUUUGCAUUGCGACAUUCGAUUAAUUUAAGCUCAGAUUUAUUAGAUACUCCUGACUUCUAUUGGGAACGAGACGAUUUAGCGAUUCUGUAUCAACAGACUUGUGCUUAUUUUAACAUUACAAAGCGUACAAGAGUCAUAAAUGAAAAAAUAAAUCAUUGCGUGGAACUCGUAGGAAUUUUGUCUUCGCAUUUAAGCGAUCGUCAUCAUAUUCGUCUAGAGUGGAUGAUAAUCAUUCUUAUCAUGGUUGAAGUUGCAUUUGAAAUAUUACAUUAUAUUGAUAAAUAUUUUUCGUAAUAGUAUAUAAAAACCAAUCAAAGGUUCAAAUAGUUAUUACUAUGUAUAAAUCACGUAAAUAUUCGUUAUAAUAAAAUUAAUACCAUGUAAGUUGAUUUUACAUUUUUAAUAUGAAAUGUAACAUCAUUUUUUGUUAAUUAAUUAUCUACCU